AUGCCGGGGAAAAGGCCCCUGGGUGCGACGGCUCUCCGGAGUGCCAAGAGGGAACGGAAAGCAAUCACUCUCGACAUGAAACUCGAAGUGUUGCGGCGAUUUGAAGUGGGUGAGAAGCUCAGCCAAAUUGCAAAGGCCCUGGGCCUUGCUGUCUCCACAGUGGCGACAAUCCGCGAUAAUAAAGAAAAGAUCAAGGCGAGUUCGCUCAUAGCUACUCCCUCGAGAGCCUCUCGGCUGACUCGCCGUCGAAGUGCGGCCAUGGAGACCAUGGAGAGGUUGUUGUACGUGUGGCUGGAAGACCAGAGCCAACGAAACGUGCCCCUGAGUGUCACCGCUAUUCAGGAAAAAGCCAGGAGUUUGUUUGACGACUUACAGCGUGAACACGGCGAGAGCUCUCAAGCAGAAAAGUUCAGCGCGAGUAAAGGGUGGUUUAUGAGGUUCAAGGAGCGCCACUGUUUGCCCCACUUCAAGAUGAGCAGCUCGGCUCCCGGCAACAAGGACACCUACCCGGAAGUGCUGAGAAGCAUCAUCCGAGAAGGUGAGUACACCCCCCAGCAAGUUUUCAAUGUGGUGGAGACAGGGCUCUACUGGAAGAGAAUGCCUGAAGGGACAUUUAUCUCUGUGAAGGAGAAAGUCGAGCCAGGCUCCAAAUCGCCCAAAGACCGCUUGAUGCUGCUGCUUGGAGGCAAUGCCACUGGGGACUUUAAGCUGAAGCCCUUACUGGUAUACCACACGGAGAACCCCAAGGCUCUGCAGGGCUACUCCAAGCCCAACCUGCCUGUGAUUUGGCGCUCAAACAGAAAGGCUUGGGCAACCAAGAGCAUUUUUCACGAGUGGUUCACAUACUUUUUUUGUCCUGCCAUUGAAAAAUACUGUGCCCAAAAUCAUCUCACCAACAAAGCUUUGCUCAUCCUAGACAGCGCGCCAUGCCACCCAGUAAACUUGAGUGACCUGUCUGAUAAUGUAAGGGUGGAGUACUUCCACAAUGGUACCGCCGACUCGGUCCAGCCCAUGGCUCAGGGUGUCACCUCUGUCUUCAAAGCUCAUUACCUGAGAAGGACUUUUGAGCACAUCCUGGAAGCAACAGAUGAGGAGGAUCCAGCUGUGAUCAGCGAGUUUUGGAGGAACUAUAGCAUCAUAGAUGCCGUGGACAACAUUGCCACGGCUUGGGAGGCACUCAAGCCAGCAACAAUUAACAGUGCAUGGAAGAAGAUUUGGCCUGAGUGCGUUCAGUUCCAUGAUGUGUCCCAAACAGAUAAUGUUGCACAGCUUCAACAAGACAUUGUGGCUCUGGCCAGGAGCCUGGCUCUGGAACAGCUGGUGGAAGCUGAUGUGGGCCGGUUGCUGCAGCUGAAUGAGAAAGAUCUCUCAAAUGCAGAGCUGAUGCAGCUGGAGCAGGAGAGAGCGGUAGAGGAGGACAGUGAGGACGCCCCACCAGCCCUGCGCCAGCUAACCACAGGGGCGCUCUCAGCAGCCCUCGCACAUUUUGAGGCUGGCUUGCAGGUGCUUACCAGUAACAGCUCAGAUGAGGAGUGGAAACAAAAAGUUUCCAAAGCAAUCAACAAUGCAAUAAACUGCUACAGAGAAUUGUACAAUGAGAAAAAGCGGCGCUCGCAGCAGCUGUCUUAG